AUGGCGGCGCUGGUGUUGGAGGACGGGUCGGUCCUGCGCGGCCAGCCCUUUGGCGCGGCCAUAUGCGCCGCCGGGGAAGUGGUGUUCCAGACUGGCAUGGUGGGCUACCCGGAGGCCCUCACCGACCCAUCCUACAAAGCCCAGAUCCUGGUCCUGACAUAUCCGCUCGUGGGAAACUAUGGCAUCCCUCCAGAAGAAGAGGACGAGUUUAGCCUCAGCCAGUGGUUUGAGUCAUCAGGAAUUCAUGUGGCAGGACUGGUGGUGGGAGAAUGCUGCUCUGCACCCAGCCACUGGAGUGCUGCCCGAACCUUGCACCAGUGGCUAGAGGAGCAUGGUAUACCUGGUAUCCAAGGCGUUGAUACAAGGGAACUAACAAAGAAGUUGCGAGAACAGGGAUCGCUUCUGGGAAAACUGGUGCAAGAUGGGAUAGAGCCUUCAUCCCUGCCAUUUUUGGAUCCCAAUGCUCGAGCUCUUGUACCUGAAGUUUCCAUUAAGGAACCAAGGGUAUACAAUGCAGGGGGAUGCCCACGGAUUCUUGCCCUGGACUGUGGUCUAAAAUACAGUCAGAUCCGAUGCCUGUGCCAGCGUGGAGCUGAGGUCACUGUAGUGCCUUGGGACUACAAAUUAGACAGCCAGGAGUAUGAGGGUCUGUUCCUAAGUAAUGGUCCUGGGGACCCUGCUUCUUGCCCCACUGUGGUAUCUUCACUGAGCCGUGUCCUCUCUGAGCCAAACCCCCGACCUGUCUUUGGUAUCUGCUUGGGUCAUCAGUUGUUGGCCUUAGCCAUCGGGGCCAAGACUUACAAGAUGAGGUAUGGCAACCGUGGCCACAACCAGCCAUGCCUGCUGAGGGGCUCUGGACGGUGCUUCUUAACCUCCCAAAAUCAUGGAUUUGCAGUGGAAACAGAAUCUCUGCCACCAGGCUGGACCCCCCUCUUCACAAAUGCCAAUGAUCAUUCCAAUGAAGGCAUUGUACAUGAGACCCUGCCCUUCUUCAGCGUCCAGUUCCACCCUGAGCACCGAGCUGGCCCCUCUGAUAUGGAGUUGCUUUUUGACAUCUUCCUGGAGACCGUGAAGGAGAACAGGGCUGGGGGCAAGAUAGUUCAUGAAAGGCUAAUGGAGCGGCUUUGUCCCUCUGGUACCCUCACCCCAGGAGACAGGCCUCCAUUUCCCCGAAAGGUGCUGAUCCUGGGCUCAGGAGGUCUCUCCAUUGGCCAGGCUGGAGAGUUUGAUUACUCUGGCUCUCAGGCUAUCAAGGCUCUAAAGGAGGAAAAUAUUCAAACGCUGCUAAUCAACCCUAAUAUUGCCACAGUGCAAACCUCCCAGGGACUGGCUGACAAAGUCUACUUCUUGCCUAUUACUCCCCAUUAUGUGACCCAGGUCAUUCGUAAUGAGCGUCCAGAUGGUAUAUUACUGACAUUUGGAGGCCAGACAGCGCUGAAUUGUGGUGUGGAGCUGACUAAGGCUGGGGUUCUGGCCCGGUAUGGAGUACGGGUCCUAGGCACCCCUGUGGAGACAAUUGAGCUGACUGAGGAUCGGCGUGCUUUUGCAGCAAGGAUGGCAGAGAUCAGAGAGUAUGUGGCCCCCAGUGAGGCUGCAAACUCCCUGGAACAGGCACAAGCGGCUGCAGAACGACUGGGAUACCCAGUUCUGGUGCGGGCUGCCUUUGCUCUGGGUGGCCUUGGCUCUGGCUUUGCCUCCAGCAGAGAAGAGCUCUCCUCUCUGGUGGCCCCAGCCUUUGCUCACACUAGCCAAGUGCUGGUAGACAAGUCCCUCAAGGGAUGGAAAGAAAUAGAGUAUGAAGUGGUGAGAGAUGCCUACGGUAAUUGCGUCACGGUAUGUAACAUGGAGAACUUGGACCCACUGGGCAUUCACACUGGUGAAUCUAUAGUUGUGGCCCCGAGCCAGACACUAAAUGACAGGGAAUACCAGCUGUUGCGACAAACUGCUAUCAAGGUGACCCAGCACCUGGGCAUUGUUGGGGAGUGCAAUGUACAAUAUGCCUUGAACCCUGAGUCUGAACAGUAUUAUAUCAUUGAAGUGAAUGCACGACUGUCUCGAAGUUCAGCUCUUGCCAGUAAGGCCACUGGCUAUCCUCUGGCUUACGUAGCAGCCAAGCUAGCUUUGGGCAUCUCCCUGCCUGAACUCAGGAACUCAGUAACUGGGGGUACAGCUGCCUUUGAGCCCAGCCUGGAUUACUGCGUGGUUAAGGUCCCUCGCUGGGACCUCAGCAAGUUCCUACGGGUUAGCACACGGAUUGGAAGCUGCAUGAAGAGUGUUGGUGAAGUCAUGGCUAUUGGACGUGGGUUUGAGGAGGCAUUCCAGAAGGCUUUGCGCAUGGUGGAUGAGAACUGUGUUGGCUUUGAUCAUACGAUGAAGCCUGUCAGUGACAUGGAGCUGGAGACACCAACUGAUAAGCGGAUAUUUGUAGUGGCAGCUGCUUUAUGGGCAGGAUAUACCAUAGACCGACUCUAUGAGCUUACCCGCAUUGAUCGCUGGUUUCUGCAGUGCAUGAAGCGCAUUAUAGAGUACACCCGAAAACUAGAAGAACACCGUGGGCAGCCCUUGCCCCCUGAUUUGUUGCACCAGGCCAAAUGUCUUGGCUUCUCCGACAAGCAGAUUGCCCUUGCAGUGCUCAGCACAGAGCUGGCCGUCCGCAAACUACGGCAGGAACUGGGCAUUCGUCCGGCAGUAAAACAGAUUGACACAGUGGCAGCAGAGUGGCCAGCUCAAACCAACUAUCUGUACUUGACUUAUGGGGGUACCACCCAUGACCUGACCUUCCAUACUCCCCAUGUCCUGGUGCUGGGCUCCGGCGUCUACCGAAUUGGCUCCAGCGUUGAAUUUGACUGGUGUGCUGUGGGCUGUAUCCGGCAGCUGCGUAAGAUGGGGUAUAAGACCAUCAUGGUGAACUACAACCCUGAGACAGUGAGUACCGACUAUGACAUGUGUGACCGACUGUACUUUGAUGAGAUCUCUUUUGAGGUUGUGAUGGAUAUCUAUGAGUUGGAGAACCCCGAGGGUGUGAUCCUCUCUAUGGGAGGGCAGCUGCCCAAUAACAUGGCCAUGGCUCUGCAUAGGCAGCAGUGUCGGAUCCUUGGGACCUCCCCAGAGGCCAUCGACUCUGCCGAGAACCGAUUCAAGUUUUCUCGGCUCCUUGACACUAUUGGUAUCAGCCAGCCUCAGUGGCGAGAGCUCAGUGACUUGGAGUCUGCCCGCCAGUUCUGCCAGACCGUGGGGUAUCCUUGUGUCGUCCGCCCUUCUUACGUGCUGAGUGGUGCCGCCAUGAAUGUGGCCUAUACCGACGGAGACCUGGAGCGCUUUCUGAGUAGUGCAGCUGCUGUUUCCAAAGAGCACCCCGUGGUCAUCUCCAAGUUUAUCCAAGAGGCCAAGGAAAUUGACGUGGAUGCUGUGGCCUGUGAUGGCAUAGUGGUAGCCGUGGCUAUCUCAGAGCACGUGGAGAAUGCGGGGGUGCACUCAGGGGAUGCCACAUUGGUGACUCCUCCACAAGAUAUCACACCCAAGACAUUGGAAAGGAUCAAAGCGAUUGUUCAUGCCGUGGGUCAAGAGCUGCAGGUCACGGGGCCUUUCAAUCUGCAGCUCAUUGCCAAGGAUGACCAGCUCAAGGUUAUCGAGUGCAACGUCCGUGUCUCUCGGUCCUUCCCCUUUGUCUCCAAGACACUUGGAGUGGAUCUAGUGGCCCUGGCUACCCGAAUCAUCAUGGGCGAGGAGGUGGAGCCUGUUGGACUCAUGACUGGAACUGGAGUGGUGGGAGUUAAAGUGCCCCAGUUCUCCUUCUCACGCCUGGCAGGAGCAGACGUGGUGCUGGGGGUAGAGAUGACCAGCACCGGGGAGGUGGCUGGCUUUGGGGAGAGCCGCUGUGAGGCCUACCUCAAGGCGAUGCUCAGCACCGGCUUCAAGAUCCCCAAGAAGAAUAUCCUGCUGACUAUUGGUAGUUACAAGAACAAGAGUGAGCUGCUCCCCACAGUGAGGCUGCUGGAGAGUCUAGGCUACAGCUUGUAUGCCAGUUUGGGCACUGCGGACUUCUACACUGAGCACGGUGUCAAGGUCACAGCUGUGGACUGGCACUUUGAGGAGGCAGUUGAAGGUGAGUGUCCCCCACAACGAAGCAUCCUGGAGCAGUUGGCGGAAAACCACUUUGAGUUGGUGAUCAACCUGUCAAUGCGUGGGGCGGGAGGCCGACGCCUCUCCUCCUUUGUAACCAAGGGCUACCGGACCCGUCGCCUUGCCGCUGACUUUUCUGUGCCCCUCAUCAUCGACAUCAAGUGCACUAAGCUGUUUGUAGAGGCAUUGGGCCAGAUUGGGCCAGCUCCCCCACUGAAGGUGCAUGUUGAUUGUAUGACGUCACAGAAGCUGGUGCGUUUGCCAGGGCUGAUUGAUGUACAUGUGCACCUGCGGGAACCAGGGGGUACCCACAAGGAAGACUUUGCAUCAGGCACAGCAGCUGCCUUAGCUGGGGGGGUCACCAUGGUGUGUGCUAUGCCCAACACCCGGCCUCCCAUCAUCGAUGCUCCAGCAUUUGCCCUUGCCCAAAAGUUGGCAGAGACGGGGGCCCGCUGUGAUUAUGCCUUGUUCCUCGGGGCCUCAUCGGAGAAUGCAGGAACCCUAGGUGCUGUGGCUGGGGCAGCUGCAGGAUUGAAACUGUAUCUCAAUGAAACAUUCUCUGAACUUCGGCUGGACAGUCUUGCCCAUUGGAUGGAGCACUUUGAGACUUGGCCACACCAUCUCCCCAUUGUGGCUCAUGCAGAACGACAGACUGUAGCUGCCAUCCUCAUGGUAGCCCAACUGGCUCAGCGACCUGUACACAUCUGCCAUGUGGCUCGGAAGGAGGAGAUCCUGUUAAUUAAAGCAGCAAAGGCACGGGGGGUACCAGUGACCUGUGAGGUGGCCCCCCACCAUCUGUUCCUGAGCCAAGCGGACCUUGAGCGCCUGGGGCCUGGGAAGGGGGAUGUCCGGCCUAAGCUUGGCUCCCCUGAGGAUGUGGAAGCUCUCUGGGAGAACAUGGCUGUCAUCGAUUGCUUUGCCUCCGACCAUGCUCCUCACACCCUGGAAGAAAAAACCGGGUCCAAGCCUCCCCCUGGCUUCCCCGGCCUGGAGACAAUGCUCCCCCUGCUGCUGACGGCUGUGAGUGAGGGCCGCCUCAGCCUGGAGGACCUGCUGCAGAAGCUGCACCACAAUCCCAGGAGGAUCUUUCACUUGCCCCAGCAGGAAGACACCUACGUUGAGGUGGAUCUGGAGCAUGAGUGGACCAUCCCUAGCCACAUGCCCUUCUCCAAGGCACACUGGACACCUUUUGAGGGGCAGCGAGUGAAGGGCACCAUCCGGCGAGUUGUCCUUCGAGGGGAGGUUGCCUACAUUGAUGGCCAGGUGCUGGUACCUCCUGGCUACGGACAAGAUGUGAGGAAGUGGCCUCAAGGCUCGGUGCCUCAGCUCCUGCCCUCAGCCCCACCCAGCGAGAGCACCAAGGGAGGGGAAGGAAGGAGGGACUUUUGGUUGAUGCCUCAAAAGGAUGGACCCAUGUUACCUUCACAGACUCCGGAAAGGCCCCGACGUGGCAUCCCAGGCCUUCCUGAUGGGCGCUUCCAUCUUCCACCUCGAAUCCACCGAGCUUCUGACCCUGGCCUUUCAGUAGCUGAAGAGCCCAAGGAAAAGCCCUCCCGGAAGGCAGUAGAGACAGAUCUAGCAGGAACUCCGGAUAGUUGCUGCUACCCUCCACCAGUGCCUAGGCAGGCAUCACCCCAGAACCUGGGGACUCCUAGCCUGUUACAUCCUCAGACCUCACCCUUGCUGCAUUCUCUGGUUGGACAGCAUAUACUGUCCGUUCGUCAGUUUACCAAAGAUCAGAUGUCCCACCUGUUUAAUGUGGCACAUACCCUGCGGAUGAUGGUGCAGAAGGAGCGAAGUAUAGACAUUCUCAAGGGCAAAGUGAUGGCCUCCAUGUUUUAUGAAGUGAGCACUCGCACCAGCAGUUCCUUCGCAGCAGCCAUGGCCAGGCUUGGGGGCUCUGUGCUCAGCUUCUCUGAAGCCACAUCGUCUGUCCAGAAGGGAGAAUCCCUAGCAGACUCUGUCCAGACCAUGAGCUGCUAUGCUGAUGUCGUUGUCCUCCGGCACCCCCAGCCUGGAGCUGUGGAGCUGGCGGCAAAGCACUGCCGGAGGCCAGUGAUCAAUGCUGGGGAUGGAGUAGGAGAACACCCAACCCAGGCCUUGCUGGACGUCUUUACCAUCCGAGAGGAGCUAGGAACUGUCAAUGGCAUGACGAUCACGAUGGUAGGAGAUCUCAAGCACGGACGGACAGUGCACUCCCUUGCCUGCCUCCUCACCCAGUAUCGAGUCAGCCUUCGCUAUGUGGCGCCCCCCAGCCUGCGCAUGCCGCCUGAUGUCUUGUCUUUUGUAGCUUCCAGAGGGACUAAGCAGGAGGAAUUUGAGAGCAUUGAGACGGCACUGCCUGACACAGACGUCCUUUACAUGACUCGGAUUCAGAAGGAACGGUUCGGCUCCAGUCAGGAAUACGAAGCUUGCUUCGGCCAGUAUGUCCUCACACCGCACAUCAUGACCCGGGCCAAGAAGAAGAUGGUCGUGAUGCACCCGAUGCCUCGAGUCAACGAGAUCAGUGUGGAGGUGGAUUCUGACCCCCGGGCUGCCUACUUCCGGCAGGCUGAGAAUGGCAUGUACAUGCGGAUGGCCCUCCUUGCUACCGUAUUGGGGCGGUACUAGAGCCCGGCUCUAACCGCUUCUCUCUGCUGUUCCUGCCGCUGGGCAAGGAUUCCCGGUACCCCCCACGGGGGCAGCACAUUGAAUGUGAGACUGUGGGGUAGUCCCAGAACACAGACACGUACAAACUUGCAAGCCUUUGGGCUGGGACUUCCCCAGCUUGGGGAGGCGCAGGGUGGCCGCCUCACCUCACGCCACACCCGUGCUCCUCCCCGCCCCCUCCCCCACACCCCCAAUCACUAGCCUUUAAAGGUAUAUAGUAACUUUUCUAUUACCUGAUCUCAGAGAGCCAUUUCCUGGAUUUAAUAAACAGCUGAGCUGCCUCUAUUUAUCGUUUUCUCCAAGUCUGCCAUUAUCCAUAAAGGGAGAGGUUUUCUUGUGGCCAAGUGUACAUAGGACUAGGUUUACUUAACCUAGCUGUGGGGGCUACAUCAUCGUCAUUACUCCACAUCCUGUUGCUUUUUGUGGAAUAAAGACUCAAGUACUCUAUACUUAGGGCACAAGCCUGUCAAAGACAGUUUAGCUUUUCAGAGAAUGAGAUCCAAAAAGGGCAGAUCCUCCUGAUUCUUCUGAAAAUCACUCUGCCCAAGUCAUUCUGGUUUAUAUUUUUAUAGCGAUCAUGAACCAGAUAAAUAAAUAGUAGAGGGAGGCAGGCAAGGAUACAAAGUUCAGUUUUAGGGGUUUUUCUUAAGUUAUUUAAAAAGAAUCCGGGUAAAGUAACUUAAAUUGUUGACACCCUGGAGAGACAUCUUCCUGAAACCAUUCAGUCUAUUCAAGGAUGAAGAAAGAGGAGGUAUUCCCUAACUCGCCGAUCCAGCUAUGCCCCUGCUCUUAGUCUGGUCACUUUCCUGAUCUACUUUCUAGGAUUCUCUAGAGUUCUUCCGUGAACUUUAAAUUUCCCUUUAGACACUAGCUAGGCCUUUGGUAAGGAUGAAACAAAAGAAUUUGAUAAGAGAUAAGGUUUGGGACUGAGGACAGUAAUAUUUUUUCAUAUUUUCCAAAGAGGGAACAGAGAGGCAUGAGCAUGCUUCUAUACCUUGCAAAAGCAUCCUAACAUUUAACUCCAGACUAAUGCUGGGAGUAGCCUGAGCAAGGUGUGUGCAGGGCGGCGUCUAUCUCCUUUUAAAGCCUCUGUCUUUCCCCAGGAAAGUCUCCUUCCCUCCCAUCUCUCCACUUCCCAAAUGGACUCAAGGUUCUAGACUAGGCCAGCCUUUGUCUCUAAUACUAAGGAGACCCACAAUUUCUGUUGGCCUCCACAACAACCCUAAUCUCCAAAAUUUCAUAGUUUCAAAAAUGAAAGGGAAUUGAAUAAUUUAAUCCAACCCCUCUUCCCACCCCCACUUUAUAAAUAAGAAAUCUGAGAAGUUAAAUGAAUUGCCUAAGAUGGCACAGCUAGCAGAUAGUAGAGAUUGGUUUUGAACCCAGUUUUUGGGACUCCAAAAACUUCCUCUGCACCUUUCUUUGUCUGGUGCCAUUCAUGAAGCUCAGUGCCCAUCUUGUCUGGAUGUUUUGAGACCUUUCUACCUGCCCACCAUCACCAGGGGCCUGUGCUGCCUCCUGUGGGGCAAAGGAAAUAGUCCAAAUGCUGGCCUCAUUGGCCUCCAUGCUUCUUUGUGAGGAGGUUAUUUGGUGAAAGGGCUCCACAGAGGCAGCGUGACAGAUUAGAUUAAGUACCAGGAUUGGAUUCAGGAAGACUUGAGUAAGCUCUGAUAUUUAGAAAGGUCAACAGGGGCAGCUAGGUGGUGCAGUAGAAAGAGCACCGGCCCUGAAGUCAGGAGGACCUGAGUUUAAAUCUGGCC